UACUUCAUUUCUUUUGCAGAAAAUGGUUUCGUGGAAUAUGAUGAAUUCCUAACGAUGAUGCAAAGAUUCUCGCAACAUAACCUAGUAAGUGCUCCGACUGUAGACGAGAAAACGCGAGAGGCAUUCAGAGUGUUCGAUAUAGACGGAAAUGGUUACAUAGAUAAACAGGAAUUGCGACAGGUGAUGAAACGUCUUGGAGAGAAUAUCUCAGAGGAAGAUGUUAAAGAAAUGUUCCGGGAAGCAGAUCUCAAUAAUGAUGGGAAAAUAGACUUUAAUGAAUUUCGUCAACUGCUGGGUUCCUGUAAAUUGAAAUAAUUGCCGAAGAGAUGAAUUAUUUAUGAUACACACUCACCUCUCCCUAUGUUCCCACCCCCAUAUACCCGUCUCACUAAAGAAGAGAAAACCUUUUUG